AUGACACACCAGCUCAACUCGGCAUCUCCACUGCGUCGGGCAAAAGUGGAGUGGUGGAACAAGUCGGACGUCUUUGUCCGCUGCCCCAACUGUGAGGAGAUCCAUCUCCACCAUUUCAAUCGCCUAUAUGAGACCCCACUACAACGACGGUCGCACUGUGUGAUCCCAGGCCGAGAAAACGACAGCUGCGACUACAGAAUUAUCUUUCCCUUCGAUGAGGUCUCAGGUCAUGCUGGCUACGAAAUCGACAAACAGAGAGCCAUAUUCGUGUCUGGGACGGCCGAUCCAACUGAAUAUUACAGAGCCAGGGAGGACGACCAUGUAGGACCCACGGUUGAUGAUUUUAGAGACAGAAAGAAGUGGACUGAAGCAACCGAGAAGGUCCAUAUCAGCGAGGCCGAUUCAGGACUUCCUGGUGGCUACACUAUCGAAAGGAUUAUCGACGUGGUGAGCGCCUUAGUUCAGGGAAGGGUGGGAGAAGUACGCAAUUAUUUAGAAUCAUCCAAGGACGCGGAUAUACUUCUCCAUGGCGUCGAGGCACACUCUGUCCCUCAGCUUGACGGUUCCGACUCUUAUAGCGACGGCAGUACUGAUGGCACCAAAUCGCUGGAUGACGAGAUUGUCCAAGUAACUGGCAAUACGGCGCUUCAUUUCGCUGCAUGUGAGGCGUCAUAUGAGAUGGUUCGGCUUCUUUUGCAGAAGGGAGCGAACCCAGACGCGGUCAACAUGGACGGACGAGUCCCGCUGAUGGAAGCUGCUCUCUGGGGACGGUUGAGGAACGUCGAACUUCUCUUGGAAUACGGUGCCAAUAAACAAAUCGAUUGCACUUGUCACGGUCAACGCUUGCGGGCCGUGGACUUCGCUAGACCGCUACGGAACAACAGUAAGGAACGGUACUGCCGGACUGGAGGGUUCUAUAAAGAAGACGCAUACCAGAGAGACUUGGAUCGGGAAAAGAUUGUUCGUCUGCUGAGCGAAAGCCUCGAAGAGCGGCUACCAAUCCUGUCCAGUUUUGCAUUUACUCGGUCACCAGAGGACGAAAACUUACUUACGUUAAUCUCCAACUUUGAUAUCCCAAACAAGUGGAAGACCGUGGCGGUAUUAUAUCGGGGCAGUCAACUUCCUACAGCGGCCGCCAUGAGCGGUUGGGCCCACGAAGAGGACUCCGAUGUCCAAGUCGGAGGCAGGGAGUGGACGAUGGAGGUCCGUCAGCUCUGCGACUUCAUUGGAUACCCACUUACGCCACAUCAAAGAGAUCAGGGGGAGUCCGGACGGUAUCAUGCUUGCCAUGCAGAGAAACAGCUGGUCGCAUUUUUCGUCAACAAGCAUCUCUUCCUGUCCAAAGAAGUGGAGAAAGACGUAGACAUAGCAAGACUAAGACUGCAUGAGCCGUCGGACGAGGAAUACGAGCAGCAGGAGAUUGAAAGGCGUCACAGGGAGAAGCUUUCAAGCCUCAGGGAAGUUGAGCCUCCAGUCACCAUUAAUAAGGGAAAGAUUCUGGUGUGCCGACCUAUUUGUGAAGAUUGCCGCAGUUUUCUGAAGCAUGUUAACUCCACGCUUCAUUUAGAGCUUACGAUAUUCCACCGCUGCCUCGACAAUGGAUGUAAGGCAUGUCGGUCAUAG